CUCAAUUUUUAAAUAAAUGUCAUUUAACAUGACAGUCAUUAAAUGUGAGAUUUUGCUUCAUAAUUAUAUAAAUAUACUGAGUGAAUUUUUAUCUGCUACCAAUGCAUAAUGGCCGCAACUUUGGGUGUGGUGUCUACAAGGCCGCCGUCGCCAAAUCGUGUCGAGGCGAUCGCCAAAAUACUAAUACAAAAUUGUCCCUCCUAUGGCCCGGGCGUUCUUUUAGGAAACUGGGUAGAAGACCGAAUAGAAUGUCAAGAAACCGGUAGUUUUUACUUUCCUCCAAAAGAACAUAUUGAUUAUAAAAAAAUGAAACCAGAAUCAAGACAGCCCGACUUCAGACAAAAUAAACUAAAUAGCACACAGAGUAAUGUGGCCACCAUAAUAAGACACGAUAGCCACGACAAAUGUCCAAACUACGCAACAACUAACGAUCUGGUGUACAACCACCUGCCAAAGCCCUUGUGUGGGCCAAUCCAGCGUUACUAUAAGAAGGGGGAGCAUCAAUUCUAUCCACAACCUGAUCUUUUGAAGUGUUUUGGUAAUGUGACAGAGUGGGGUUUGAAGGAACUUAUGGAAUACGAGUGGCGGUGCACAGAUGUGUCUGAUUACAUAUCGUCCUUAUAUACAGACACGUUUGUACCCCCACAGCCUCAUCAAUAUUUACAAGCGAAUGAAAGGAAGGCCAGAAAUUCGAAAUUCACAAAAAGUUUCCGUUAUAAGAUGACAAAAUCAAAACGAUGAUAACAUCAAGAAUCAUUUUCACUUUUUGCAAAAAAUUAUUUAGUCUUUACAUAUCACAUUUUGUUCGAGAAUAGGACAGUGACGUCCAUAUAAAAAU